GAAAACGACUCACAAUGAAUUCAAAAGAUAUAUAUUCUCUUGGUAAGCCAGCCGAAAUGGAAAAAACUCGCAGGUAUUCAUCAAACCCCGAGGAUGCCUCCUCCAUAUCGACUGAACAACCGGCGACCCUUCGUCGGGUAUCCGUAGAGUCAGAUUUACGCAAUUCUUCGUUAGUAGGUCGAAUACCCGAGACUUGGGGACAUAUUAAGGGCCGUAAAACAAUUCGUGCUCCCGAUACCCCUGAGAGGGCUCCUCGAACCCGGAAUAUAUCAAGCAGUCCAAAAACCCCACGCACUUCCAAGCAACCGAAGACACCGCGGAGCGCAAAAAGGGUGGCAGGUUUGGUCAAACAAAAAUAUGCGCAUAUCAAGGGCCGUAAGCAGAUUCAAGCUCCUAGUUCCCCAACAACGGAGCCUCAGUCUUCAUUAAAGACACCGACAACACCGAAGGGUUCCCCAAAAACUACUACCCCUAAAAAACAUCCUGAGUCUUCACCAAAGACACCGAAGAUGUCGCCUCAUACAUACAUAGAGAUUAACUGCUGGGUUCCGAGUCGUUGGAAGACUCCUUGGUCCUGCACCAACAACAAUUUUCUCAUACGGCGCCAAAGCAAAAAAAUUCCGAAACGCCAAGUACAAAAAUCACCUAAGCUCGUAAAAAAUACUGAAUAAAAACUAACUAUUGAAUCGUUUUGCGUAUGCGGUCCAAUUUUCCGUUGAUGCGAGUUGAAGCGUGCA